AUGACACCGGUGCUGCGGGCAGCGCCAGCAAUAGUGGAGAUGGGAGACCCGUCCACCGCAGUGUUCCGGUUGCCAUUGUUGGCAUGGCCUGCAAAUUCGGAGGAGACGCUACCAGUCCCUCGAAACUGUGGGACAUGUGCGUGGAGGGUCAAGACAGCUGGGGGGGCCAUUCCCCAAGAGCGAUUCGAUCUGAAGUCUCUCUAUCAUCCUGACCAGCAGAGAUUCGAUCGGCAUCAUGUCCGCGGUGGGUUCUUCUUGCAGGACGACCUGAAACGAUUCGACGCAGCGUUCUUCAACCUUUCUGCCGAGAGUGCCAGUGCGAUGGAUCCGCAACUGCGGCUGCUCAUGGAAUCUGCAUACGAAGCCAUCGAAAACGCGGGCAUCCCGAUGGAGAGCUUCUCUGGGUCCAAUGCGUCAGUGUUCACUGGGACAUUUGCACGGGACUAUUUCGACACGCUGAUCCGCGAUCCCGAGAAUUUGCCGGCCUCGUUCAUAACCGGGAAUGGAGGGGCGAUGCUAUCGAACCGCAUUUCGCAUUUCUAUAACCUCACAGGGCCCAGUAUGACGAUUGAUACGGGCUGCUCGUCGAGUGCUGUCGCUAUUCACCAGGGAUGCCGGAACCUCCAAGCGGGGGAAUCAGACCUGUCUUUGGUUGGUGCAUCUUCUGUGUUAUUGAACCCCGACAUGUUCAUCGCCAUGUCCAACUUGAAUGUGCUGAAUGCAGAGGGACGGUGCUAUUCAUGGGAUCACCGCUCCAAUGGGUACGGCCGCGGUGAGGGCGUCGCAACCCUGUUGCUGAAGCGCCUGGACGACGCCCUGCGGGAUGGGGAUCAUGUCCACGCCGUCAUCCGUGAGACUGCGCUGAACCAAGACGGAAAGACAACGACGAUUUCUUCGCCCUCGAUGGAGGCGCAACAACAACUCAUCGAAGAGUGCUACCGCCGCGCUGGACUGGACCUUGCACAAACCGCGUACGUCGAAGCGCAUAUGACGGGUACAGCCACAGGCGACCCCAUUGAGGCGGAAGCCAUCGCGCGAACGUUCGGGCAGCAUCGCAGCUCGGACGACCCGGUGCUCGUGGGCUCGGUCAAGACUAAUCUGGGGCAUACUGAGCCCAUUCCGCUGGAUGAAUGGCACCUGCAGGUCCCGACGUUGCCCACCCAGUGGCCCCAGGACAAAUCGCCGCGUGCAUCGAUCAAUAACUUUGGCUACGGGGGGACCAACGCUCAUAUCAUCAUGGAAAGAGCUCCCACCCCCGCGCGACAAAUCAACCGCGCAGUUGAACAGGACGAGAGUCUUUCCAGGGUCUUCCUCCUCAGCUCUCGUGAUGAAGCCGUGACCAAGGCAAUGAGUUCCCAGCUAGCCAGCUACGUGCGCGAGUCCGCUUCUUCCACGGAAAAAAGCGUGAACUCCUUCCUCCUCGCCGACCUCGCCCACACUCUGGCGGAAAGACGGUCACGCUUCCCAUGGUCGAUCGCCGUCAAGGCGAGAAGCGUGAACGAGUUGGCGACGAGGUUAGAGGACCCGAGUUACCAAGCGACAAGGGCCAUUCGAAACCCCCGUGUUGGAUUCGUCUUCAACGGCCAAGGGGCUCAAUGGCACGCGAUGGGACGGGAGCUCAUCUCCACAUACCCGGUGUUUGCAUCUGCGAUUGAACAGGCAGAUGAAAUUCUGAGAGAUUAUGGCACUUCAUGGUCCCUUAAUGAGGAGCUUUUGCGGGACGAAGCAGCGACGCGUGUGCACGAGACCGCUUUCAGUCAACCGAUCAGCGUCGCACUACAGUUAUGUCUCGUAGACUUGCUCAAGUCCUGGGGCAUCACUCCUUCGGCAGUGACCAGCCAUUCCAGUGGUGAGAUCGCGGCUGCAUAUGCCGUUGGAGUGCUGUCAUUCCAAGAGGCCCUGGGCGUGGUGUACCACCGCGGCAGACUCGCGCAAAAAUACCAGGAGCUCUCGUCACUCGCAGGGGAAAUGCUGGCUGCUGGGCUGUCCGCGGACAAGGCCGAAGCCUACCUUCAGACGACCACUUCUGGUCGCGUCGUGGUGGCGUGCAUUAACAGCCCCGACAGCGUGACGUUAUCAGGCGAUCUGCCAGCACUCGAGGAAGUGGCGUCGCGUCUCGAGCAGGACAAUUUCUUUGCUCGGAAGCUCAAAGUGCCUCUGGCCUAUCACUCGCACCAUAUGCUGCUCAUGGCCCAGGAGUAUACGGAGAGUCUGUGGUACAUUUUGCCUACCACGCGAAGUUGGACAGGAGCUGUGUUUUCCUCUCCUGUGACUGGCGGUAUCAUUACGUCUCCGGACAUUCUGGAUCCCGAACACUGGACGCGAAACCUCACCAGCCCCGUCUUGUUCGCCGAAGCCUUAGAGAACAUGUGCUUCGACGGGACUUCGCAGUCCGCACCCACUCCCCAGGUCGAUAUCCUUGUGGAAAUCGGCGCACACAGCACCCUUUCAGGCCCGAUCCGACAGACCCUCCAGCAGCGAAUGAUUCCGUAUGUCUCAUGUCUAAAAAGAGGCGUGAACGCUGUCGACACCAUGCAAGAUACAGCGCGCGAACUUGUCGUCCGGGGCUAUGCGGUGUCCCUGGCCGCGGUCAAUUCAAGCAACAGCGGUCAGGAAACAGGCCAGUGCCUGCAUGACUUACCCUCCUAUCCGUGGAACCACACUGCCGAAUAUUGGUCCGAGCCCCGAAUCUACCGCGAGCAUCGGUAUAAGCGCUUCCCGCCUCAUGAGUUGCUGGGGACCCCCGUCUCCGGAGUCAACCAGUUGACGCCGACCUGGCGAAAUUUCUUACGCAUCGCCCAUGUCCCUUGGCUCGCGGACCACCGGGUGGAUUCGAAGGUUGUCCUUCCUGGCGCGAGCUAUGUCACAAUGGCGAUCGAAGCGAUCCGACAGCUCACGGACAGCUCCGAGAGUAGCAUUAGCGGGUAUCGGCUGCGAGAUAUCGACAUCACUAAUACACUGACGAUCCCCGAGACUUCGACGGGCGUGGAGACACAACUGUGUCUCCGCCCAUGUAGCGACCAGGAGCUGGACCAUAAGGGCUGGUAUGAAUUUGAGCUCUGCUCCGUUGGGCAGGACGAUACGUGGAUCCAGAACUGCAAGGGCUAUGUUGCUGUCGAGACCGUCCAUCCCAAUCAACGGACAGAAAGACAGACUGUGAGCGCAUCCUCCUACUGGCCUGCGGGCGAAAAAGCGGCCCCUGUCGAUCCGGAGUCGAUAUUCGUGAGUCUGCGCAAAAUGAACUUUCACCACGGUCCGACGUUCCAGAACCUGCUUGCCAGCCAGGCUGCGGGCAGUCGGUCCAUCACCACGAUGGCUCUGUCUACUGCGGUGCCGGGCAUAGACGAGCAAAACUAUGUCAUUCAUCCGACGACGCUGGACUCUAUCGUGCAGUCCUUCUACGUCGAUGUUCCUGCGGAGAUGAAAGAGCGAGCGCAAGUGGUGCCCCGGUCCAUUGGCUCCAUGUUUGUAGCUCGAGACCUCAAACGACGCGCCGGGGACACGCUGCACGUCUUCACUGAGCUUAUUCAAGCUAACCAACGCGGAACACGCUCUAAAGCCAUUGUUGCCCAUGGCCUUGACGAGUCAACCGGGUACCUGGAAAUCAACGGCUUCCACUUCCAGGCCAUCCCCCAGGGUCACGGAGACGAUGCAGGACCCGAAGACAAGCGACUGUGUUCUCGGAUGAGCUGGGAACUAGAUGUUCUGCACAACUUCCCAGCUUCUCUACGAGACUCUCUGAAGAUCUACCUCUCAGAAGCGGAGGUGGACUUUGAGAAGAGAAUCCGCCGUGCAUCCUACUACCUCAUCUCUGAUGCCGUCGCGGAGCUUGAAGGCCAAAGCCGAGAUGGCUGGCAAUGGCACCACAAAAUCUUCUAUAACUGGAUGAAGGAGAUCGUCGCUCAGGGUAAGGCCGGGACCCUAGCUUGCGGAAGCGCCAGCUGGUCCCGCGCAACAAAAGGCAUCAAGCAGAGACUCUACGAUCAGCUCUCAGCAGAGCAAGCAGCAGGCCGACUAACCUGCCACGUCGGCCUGCAGCUCGCCAGUAUCGUUCGCGGCGAGGUCACGCCUCUGGAGCUGAUGAUGGAAGGCAACCUUCUCAACGAGUACUACGAGGUCCUGCCAAAGCUCAAACACCGGACUUACCGACAGUUGAAGCAGGUCGCCGAGCUCUACGCGGUCAAGAACCCCGGGGCGAAUGUUCUCGAGAUAGGAGCCGGGACUGGAGGCGCCACGACCGUGAUUCUCGACGCCUUCGGAGCCCGGUCUGGAGCCGAGUCCGGCACUCUUCUGGGCCAUUACGACUUUACGGAUAUUUCGUCUGGAUUUUUCCGGGGCCGCGAGGCAGAAUCCUUCGAUACAGGGAAAUACGAUCUGAUUGUUGCGUCGGCGGUCCUCCAUGCCACUAAAAGCCUUCACCGGACCAUGUCCCACGUGUGUCGGCUUCUCAAGCCGGGCGGAACGGUGCUGAUGAUCGAAAACACCACCGAUACGCUGGACAUGCAGCUGAUCUUCGGCACGCUUCCUGGGUGGUGGUUGAGCGAGGAGUCAGACCGAAAGAUGAGCCCGAAUGUGCCGCUUGAAACAUGGGACUCUGUCUUCCGCGCCACCGGCUUUUCGGGCGUUGAUUUUGAGAUUGCCGACUGCGAAGAGCCAGAUUUCUCGUCUGAAAGCAUCAUCAUAUCGACCGCUAAGUCCCAGCCAGCCUAUCCGCCGUCGAUGUCGAUCAUCUACUCCCAGGCUGCACCCCCACAGGAAUGGUUGAACGAGCUGGCAGAGAACAUGCAAACGCAAUGCGGCUACUGUCCGAGCGUACAGUCCCUUGAAACUGUCGAACCUCAAGAGAACUGCGUGUAUAUUACUUUACUGGACAUGGAACGCCCCAUCCUGAAUGACAUCGACAGCAUCACUCUAGAGCAGGUCAAGAAGCUCCUGAGCAACAGUCUCGGGCUCCUGUGGCUCAGCAGCGGCAGCGUGAUUGACGCCAAAAAGCCCCUGUUCGCCCUGGCACAGGGAAUGCUGCGAACCCUAAAGCAAGAAGACACCGACAAGCGAUGCAUCCAGCUCGACUUCGAGUCCACUGGCUGUCCCUGGACCGCGGACAAAAUCCCACACAUCAUGCACGUCCUCCACCAAAGCUUCGACUACCGUCGCAUUCCCACAGAGAUUGAGUGGGAAUACGCACCUGGGCGUGGCCUGAUGUGGGAGCCGUCCCGCUCGGGCCUCCUGAACGAGAUCUACUUCACGGAUGCACCGGCGCUCGAGGGCGUGAUCCCUCGCGGCAUGGUGGAGAUCGAGCCCAAGGCCUUCGGGCUCAACUUCCGCGACGUCAUGGUCGCGCUGGGCCAGCUGGACGAGACUCUCGUCGGCCACGAAUGCGCCGGUAUCGUCCGGGGCCUUGGCUCCGGCUCCCACGAGAGCGGGCUCAAGGUGGGAGACCGCGUGUGUGGCAUUGGCGAGGACCGCUUUGGGAGCACAACGCGCGCCGCGUGGACCAGCGUCGUCCGGAUCCCAGACGAGAUGGCCUGGGAAGAGGCUGCUUCGAUCCCGUAUGCCUUUAUAACGGCAUAUAUCGGGCUGUUUGAUAUCGCACGCCUGCAGAAGGGGCAGAGGGUACUUAUCCAAGCUGCCACCGGCGGCGUAGGCCAAGCGGCUCUCAUACUGGCGCAGUGGGCUGGUGCUGAGGUGUUCGCGACUUGUGGAACAGCAGCGAAACGCGAGCUCUUGAUCAACCACUAUCACCUUGCGCCGGACCACAUCUUUUCGAGCCGCAAUCCGUCCUUCGCGGCAGGCGUCAUGGCCCAGACCAACGGCGAUGGAGUGGACGUCAUUCUGAACUCGCUGGCUGGGCCCCUCCUGAAAGCGAGCUGGGAGUGUAUCGCGCGCUUCGGCCGCUUCGUCGAGAUCGGCAAAGUCGAUCUCGAGAUGUCCCGGCGCGUAGACCUGAGUCCGUUAGCCCGGUCCGCCACCCUCGCCGGCCUAGACCUGCUCCAGUACCUGCGGUAUCAGCCGCAGAUGGUGCACCACGCCCUGCAAGCCUGCGUGCAGCUGUGCCACGCGCAGCAGAGUGUUCGGGCUGUGCACCCUAUCACACUGUACUCCAUGGCUGACAUGGACCAGGCCAUGCGGUCUAUGCAGGGCGGUUCGCACACGGGCAAGCUGGUUCUGGUGCCGGGGGCAGAAGACCAAGUGCGCGUGGUCACUCGGCCGCGUCCGCUACGGCUUGAUCGCUCGGAGAGCACGUAUCUCGUUGUCGGAGGACUGGGCGGCGUUGGCCGUGCCAUUGCGCUGUGGAUGAUUGAGCAGGGCGCGCGCCAUGUGCUGGUUGUGUCUCGCAAUGCCGCCUCGCAUCCUGAUGCCGCACAGCUGAUUGACAAUGCCAGCGCACAUGGAUGCAACCUUUAUAUCCGUGACUGCGAUGUUGCGGACGAGGCCGGCUUCCUGAAGCUCCUGGAUGACUGUGCAGAGACGAUGCCUCCGAUCAGGGGCGUCGUGCAGGCCGCCAUGGUCCUGGAUGACACGGUGCUGGAACGCAUCACGCACGAGCAAUGGCAGCGCGCCAUUCUCCCCAAGGUGGCCGGCACCAUGAACCUGCACCGCCAUCUGCCCUCGCUCGACUUCUUCAUCAUGCUCUCUUCCAUGACCGGCAUCACCGGCCACGUCUCCCAAGCUAACUACGCUGCCGGCAACACCUUCCAGGAUGCGCUGGCCCGCCACCGCACCGCCCACGGCCAACCAGCAGUCGUUCUGGACCUGGGCCCUGUCUCGUCCGUCGGGUUUGUCGCCGAAGCAGAGGACGACGUGCGCGCGCGGGUCGCCCGGACUUUGGGAUCGACUGUGCUUCCGCUCUCGCGCAUGCUGCGCCUGAUCGGGGAGGCGAUCCGCCAUCCACUGCGUGGACAUCCCGAUGACAGCCAGAUCGUCACUUGCAUUGCGCAGUAUGAUGAUUUGUCUGAUGACAUGGCAGCUAAGCGGGACCGGCGCUUCGGGACCCUGCAAGUCGGCACUGCGGCCGUAGGGUCUGCGGGCAUCAAGACCACACCCGCAGGGAUGGAUCGGCUGGACGAGCUGGUGUAUGAGCUGGCACACCAGGCAGGGGGGGGGGACGAGUCCAGGUCAGGGGAGCUGGUUCAGUCCGCACUGGUGCGGAAGAUUGGGGCCAUGUUCCGUGUAACAGAUGCAGAGGUGGAGGUAGAUGUGCCCUUGUCGCAGCAGGGGGUGGACUCUCUGGUGGCGGUGGAGUUGCGCAACUGGCUGAGCAGUGUGAUGAAGGCGCGGGUGACGAUUUUUGAGAUCUUACAGUCAGGGUCGGUGGCUGAUUUUGCGCGCAUAGUGACGGCGCGGAGUGGUUUGAUCAUGGCGUAG